GAUUGGGGCUGUAUAGUCUACCAAUACAAGAGAUAGGGGGUCUCACUGCAUUAUUGAACGGAUCUUUAAAUCGUGAAUAGCUUCGUAAAUGACCUUUCAGAAGCAGUACUGGGUACAGACUUUGAUGGCAUUCACGGCAAUGACUUGCUCACGUGAUUGCAUGGUAGAGCGGGAAAUGGAAAGCAACGGAAAGCGAUGGAAAUAUAGUGCCAUACAUUGUUGCUCUGCGAGCGAACUUUAGAAGCGACGAGAAUCGCCUUAGAAUGCAACAGCAGCCAUGAGUCAAAGUGAUAAUUGGCCAAGUGAUGAUGAUGCCAGCGACUCUCAAAGCUGCCAUAUCCUUCCCUCUGAUAGUGAUGACUCUCCGCUAACAGCGCCAGUCUCAAAGAGCCGCCUGAGACCUGCAGGGAAAGCCCCUGCCCAUAUGCCCCCCGCUGCCGAGGAUCUGCAUACGUCGGACGAAGAAGAACCAGAACUCUCGAUACCAUAUAAUGUCGAAUGGAAAUUAUCUAUAAACAGUAGGAGACGUGCAGGCCAAUCAGAAUUAGGCAUUGUAGGGUCGCCACGAAAGUUCUGGCGGAGUGUGCUAGAACCGAAAUUAGCCAAAGAGACAGCAAAGAAGCCUUGCCAGACAAACGAGACGAAAAUUGUGCUUUCCACCACUCGUCGUAGCACUCCCCCUAUCACGAGGAGUUUCGAAGAACUUGAUGUUGAUUGGCCAUUUGUCAAGGAACAGCUUCAGAAAUGGAAUAAGCUACCUAAUAAGAGCAAUCAUCGAAAUGUUACAACUCUUACUAUUACGUUCUAUUACACGUAUAUUGACACUAACAAGCCCACCAAGGCGGCAGCAACGGCGGAACAGCAAGGGGAGAUAGAAGCUAGGAUUGGAGACGGGACCGUUCUUAGCCGCGGAGCAUGCAUCAGAAAGGCAUACCUUCUUAUGCGUUGCCCUGGCCUGCCGUGUACAAAAGGUGACCACUGCUGGCAGUAUCAGGGCAGACAUAUUCCGCUUCAUCCCCAUCAUAUCAGAAUGCUUGCCGAUCACCUACAGGCAGGAAAGCCUUGGAAUGGGCAUGACGAUGUUCCAGAGACCUUUCGUCGGCUAGUAUUAGACGACGAGCGAGAUCGAAAAGCGAGGGAAGAGGAGGAGCAAGAGAAGGAGCGACGUCGCAAGCGAAGGCGACGGGAUUCCGAUGGUGCGAUGACUAUUCAUUGCCAUUCUCAGCUGUGUGAUACAGAAGGUCCUGCUUCCACUCCCGAAUUGGUCUUCCCGACGUCACCGCUGAUGGGUUUCGACGAGCGUAGGGAAGAUUUAAUCAGAGCCUACAGUGUAUGGCAGCGAUGCCAAGUAAGCGAGGAGCAAAAAGGAUUUUACGAGCAGAUGCAGCAUUUAAGUUUACAUCACGGAGUUGAUCUCGACAUGAUCGUCAGCAACCAGAAAAUGAUGUUUAACUUCUUUGUGGAGCAUGAAGUACCGAAAGGAUUCGCGUGGCGAUAUGUGUCUGAUAUAAGAUCGUUUCAUAAACAGCGGCAGCAAGCAAAGAACACGCGAUAAAAUCUGCGUGGCAUACGUAUUAGUUUAUAAUCUUAAAUGGCUUUAUUCUUGAAAAUGGGACUUUUAGAUCAGUAUGUGGCGUUUGGCUUUGAGACUAGAUAGUGUUAUAUUAUUGCGAUAAGCAGCGUCUACAGCAUUCCAACUAUUCCCUUCUAAAUAAUGGCUACUUAAUAUAAAUUUGUGCUUUUCUAAAGUGCCCUUUGGC